UGCGCUGUGCGUGGGUUAGCGGUUAGCCUGUUAGCUGCUAACAGCGCGACCCGCUGCGGAUCGGAGAAACCCAGAGAACUGUACCGGAGCGCCAACCGCAGUAAACCUUCCCGCCGGAGCAAAGAGGCGACUUUACAGUCUGGGAACCUAUAUAUGCUUUUAUCGGCUCGAUAAAUGCCGGAGUGUGCCGCUUAGAGUUAGUUUAAAAGUGUUUUUUUGCUCGGAGGAGGACUAGCAUUAGCCAUAGCAUCCCGAUAGCUGUGGUGGUUCAGCUUUAGCUUUAGCUGUAGCCGUUCCUCUGACCCGCUCGUUAACUGCCUGGAUUCCGUUCGGUUAAGUUGGUUUUGUCCUGCGGUUUGUGACCAUAAUUCGCAUUUUGACUCGUGCUCAUCAUUGUCAUCGUCACAGUCAGCUGUAUUGCAUAUAAAGAAUGACAGUAUGUGUGCUGCUGGGGAAUGAGUCAGGAACCCUGAUGGCUGGAUCUAGGCAUCAAAUGGUCCUCUAAAGAAGCCAUGGGAAGCUGCUGGAGUUGUCCAGACAGAGAGUCAAUUCCUGACAAUCACCAGAGUAAAUUUAAGGUGGUGAAUGUGGAUGAUGAUGGAAACGAGCUGGGAGCAGGAAUCAUGGAGCUGACGGAAGAGGAGCUGGUCCUCCGCACACACAAGUGUGAUGCAGUCAGGUGGCCUUACCUGUGUCUGCGUCGCUAUGGUUACGACUCUAACCUCUUCUCUUUUGAGAGUGGCCGGCGUUGUCAGACUGGGCAAGGGAUUUUUGCUUUCAAGUGUGCACGUGCAGAGGAGAUCUUCAACAUGCUGCAGGACAUCAUGCACAACAACAGCAUCAGUGUGGUGGAGGAACCUGUGUUUGAGCAGGCACUCACACACACUGAGCCAGAACUUCCACUCACCCCUCGCACUCCCACCAGUGCUGCCCUCCCUGCCUUACCGAAUGGAAGUCUGCGGUACCCAUCUCUGGGGGAUGCCUCCUCUCACCCCUCAAGCAGACACCCCUCAGUAGGCAGUGCCCGUCUGCCGUCUGUGGGGGAGGAGUCCACACACCCUCUGCUGAUGCCAGACGACUCUGUGCGGGGUCACACAUAUGUAAACACCACGGGCCUGCUGGAGGAUCAACAUGGUGCUUUAGAUGUCCCCCCACCCCAUAGCCCCACAGUGGUGGAGGGAGAGGAGGGUCCCCAGCCUCCCGAACCUGGCCCACGGGUCCAACUAGAGACGGAAGGGGUCCGUUUUGUCCUCGGUCCCACACCUGUCCAGAGGCAGCUAAUGGCCCGUGAAAGGCAGCAGGACUCCACUCAAACAGCCGAGGGGGCAGCCGGCACCGCCCUGAACAGUAAUGCUAGUGCUAACGGGGAUGUGGCAUCGCAGCCCAGGCCAGGCACCUCGGAACAGGACAGCGGCCCCACACUUAUAAAAGAGAGAGGUCGUCUGGAUGACACGCCGGAUCACUUGAAUGGUCCUGUUACUGUUCCCACUCCUGUCCCGGCUGUAUAUGGUCCAUCCCGCCGCAGAAUGCGUCCACCGCCCCUCAGCCCGGAUGCCAACGUCAAUAAUUCAGCCCAGCGCAGGACGGCUUUGCUGGACUACGAGAACCUGCCGGUGCUGCCGCCACUUCGAGAGGACCCUAAAGCUGGCUCCGAGGAGGACGACGAAUCUCUGCGGGCUGGCAAGCAGCCGCAGACAUUAAACGGCUAUACACACAACCACAGGGGGCAGUACAGUCCGGAUCAUGCCCACCUCUACAUAAACACAGAGAAUGUCACAGCGCCCCCUAGUUCGGGGAAGCUGGAGUCGGCCCGCUGGCGCGAUCGCUCUGCACCCAGUGUCUUCAGUUUCGACUUCCGCCGGCCCUGUGAGUCACAUGUCCUCAACUACAUUGAGGUUGAGACAGAGCCGGAAAGGGAGAGGGGAUCAGACUCCAGCGCCCCGCAGACCCCCAAAACCCCCACAUCGCCCCUGCCGCAGACUCCCACGCGGCGCACCGAGCUGUACGCCGUAAUCGACGUGGAGCGGACGGCUGCCAUGUCCAACCUGCAGAAAGCACUGCCACGCUACGACGGUACCUCCAGGAAAACGCGCCACAACAGCGUGGACCUGCCCAUGUGAUCCCACACCCCAAACUGCUCCAUGACUUUUCCCUCUCAUACAGGGGACAGCGCUAAUGGUCCUGGGUGGUCAGAAUGCAGCACAGUUUGAUCAUUUUCCCGCUCAAAACACCAGCUAGAGUACUCUAUAUAAAUCAUGUACAGAAACAAUCAUUUUCCCCCAAUCCUGUUGCAUGCUGUACCUGUGUAGUGAGUAUGAAUGCUUUUUUUGGGAGACUGUAAUUAGGGCUGGGUAUCAGAUGGCACUACUUCUAUAUGACUUACUUACUUUCAAAAGGUUUGUGGUCGAGACCAAAUUUGAAUGCGUUGGGUAUGCUUGUGAGAAUCUGAGAGGAUAAAAAUAGGGUUAUUCCAAAAUGUAAACUGCUGUGUGGCUUUCCACAUAACUGUUAAUGUUAGUGCUUUUUGAUUACUCUGUAGUCCAUAGCAGUAUGUCUUUUAACUCAAUCGUUUGUUUUUUUUAAACAGAGGUUUGCAUCAGUAUUUAAUGGUUCAUAUCAUGAAACACUAAGCUUUUAAGUAAAUCAAAAUAUAUAUCUUUUAAAUUACUGUUUUACAAAAAAGUGUAUUCACAUAUACUCUCCCAUUUAGCCUACAGCAGUUUAACCUCUUCUGUGCAGUUACAAGGAGUUUUUUGGCUCCCGCUGCUUUUAUACAUUUUACAGAGCUAACAGCCAAAACAAUACAUUAAACUUUUUAGUCACAGGAACUUUGAGUUGUGAGGGAUAAAAAAGAGGGUACGAAAACAUAAGCAUAUAAUGUAAAAAUGAAUUAUGACAGUUUUUAGUACAUAGGACACACAAAGAUACUGUCAGUGGAGCUCUACUAACUAGAGAAUACGAUGAAUGUAGUGAAAUGGUGGUUAAAUUGAAUUAUCUUAUAUUGGGACAAAUCAGGAGCGAUACCCAGCCUUAACUGUAAAGGUACGAUAUUUACCUCCACCAGCACUUUUUAAAAGACACUAAUUGUACAUGAUUUUCUGAACUCCUCAUCUUUAAAACGGUACUGUUCUCUAUAUGAAGAAAUAAUCUGAUACCAGGUAUCACUCUCAGUCUGCAAUCAGUAAAAAUGCUGUAUGGCAUAUAGGAAAAUGAACCCAGGCAGAUCCUGAAACAGGACACAUUCACACUGCUCCUUCCUUUGAGGAGAUGCAAUCAGAGACACUUAAGAUGUCAGUUUUAGUAUUAAAAAUGUAGUAUAAUGUCAGCUCUAAUUUAAAGAAACAUAUUGGGAAAAAGUGUAGUAGUACACAUUAUUUUAACCACCUGUGCUAAAGAGCAUCUAAAUAGUUAAAAUAAUGUUUAUUAAGGGUUAAUGUUUAUCAGUAGCUAAUAUGUUUAUUACUUAUUAUAUUUUUAGGUAAUAAACAAAUAAUUAAUUUGUAAUCUGUACAAACAUAAAUGAAAGGCCACAAUGAUCUGCUGCUUUCCAAAUAGUGACCCACAUCCCUGCACACUGUUAAAGCUCAGAUGUUACUGGUUUCUGAUCUGUGGGUUCUUCAUCAGUCAGUGCUCUGUCUCUCAGCUUCAGCAGAGAUCUGUUAAUAACUUACAGUUUAACAUUAAUAGGAGCUUUUAUUAAUCACUAAUGAUCAACAUUUUGUUUUACACUAUACAGUGUGGGUCUUUCUGGUGGUGAUAACUGAUAAAAAAAAACUAUUAAUAAUUGUACAUUUGGGAUGAAGAAACAUCAAACUAAGCAACGAGAAGGUGAUGUGAUUGAUAGUGAGUAAAAGACUAAUCCUAAUUAGGAUUUAAAGAUCUGCUGAAGCUGAGAAGCUGAAACAUUUGAGCUUUAAAUGAGGUGAAUUAGUGCCACUGCUGUGUAAAAGACGGGUCACUGUUAUAGGGAGGCUUCGAUGCAGAUAGCUGAUAUCACACGUAUACAAUAUUAAUCUGCCGAUGCUGAUAUUACACAUUUAUAACUUGCAAUGAGACUUUAUAAUCCGGCAUAACUUUAAUACAUAAUUCAGUUCAAUUCAUUUAAAGUAGAGCAGCCAAUGUAAUUUGGCCCUUUUCCAGCAUACAGUAAACAAGUCAGCAAGUAUUGGUUUGAAAUAACGGUCAAAUCAGCCAAUGCUAAAAAAAAAAAGGUAAUUUCUGUUCAAUACAGAUACAAUUGCGUUAUUGUGCUUCUCUGCUUAUGUUAGAACUGAUUAUAAAUGUUGGUGUUGACGUAAUUAAUAACAAUAAGCAAAUAAUAAACCAGUCAUUAAGCUUUACGAGGGUAGAUAUUCUUUUCACAGAUGAAUUUUGUAAAUGCAGAAAUCUCCUCUACCAUAUUAUUUCAGAAGUUUACCAGUUUGAUAUAAAAGUGUCCUGGCAUCACAGUGCAGGUUUUUUGUCUGUGGAUGCAGUCUGCAGUUGUUAAGAGUCCAUUUAGGCGUAUUUGAGCAGAAAAAUCUCCAAACUGUGCUGAACUGAAGCCUCCAGGACUGGACUUAAGACCUCAUCUAAAAAGGACGCACCUGGUCAGAAAAAAACUUGAGGCUGGUUUAAAAGGAACUACGAGGGAGCAGUGCCCUCCACAGACCCAGCCCACGCCGCACCUUCUUAUAUAAAAAAAAAUGUAAAAAAACUCCAGAGGCAGGUGGGUUCACACCUACGAAUGUCUGCUUUGUUUCUGAACACCUGUAAAACUUUUUUUAUGUCGUCGCUCUGUGAGAGGUGCAGGCCGGCAGCACGGCUUCACCACACGCAAUCAUUUUAUUCCUAUGGUAAUAUAACUACUACUCCCCUUACACUCAUUUUCCAGUGCCUGUGUAUUGUGGUUUUAUUAUGUUAAUAACAAGGUUGGACUACAGUCCUUGUCCAUUCCCUACAAAUCAGUAUUACUGAUCUCAAAGCAUUCCUGUUUUUUGCCUUUGUAUUGAAAUGACACUACAGGUUGUUGUAAUAUCAGUAUCCAGGGACAGUACGGUACACAACAGCUGCAAUGUUUUCUGACUGCAUAUAGAUUUCACUACUCAGCACAAUAAAAGUCUAUUUUGUUUGAUUCAUA